UCUUGGCCGGGAUUCAAUGACUGAGGCAGACACCAACAAACAGAGGGGGGGAGGCGGAGGGCGGGAGGCUGAGCCCGCCUGCAUUAGCUCAGCUCUCAGGCACUCUCAGUCACUGCUGGCGAGCGGAGCGGCGAGGAUGUGUGCACUCUCUCCGCGGCUCCCCACGGCACGCCGACAGCACCGGCAGCACUAGGGGCAGGGAGGCGACCCCAGGGACGAGGAGCCGUCCCCGGCCGAGCAGAGGGACCCCGAGGGGCAGCGGAGCCGCUCAUCGCCCGUGCGGAGCCCCCGCGGCAGCGCCGGAGACCGGGGCCUUUCCUCCUGCGUUGUUCUCGCACAGCCCGAGCCUUCUGCCGCCUCCCGCUUUCUGCUUCCCUCCCCCGCGCCUGCCUCCGGUGGAUAUGGACAGAAGGGGGAUCACUGCAGAGAAGCAGCAGCCGCCAGAACAUAUUUGAGCCCCGGGUGCUCGGAGCGCGGCACAGACUUUUUGUGUUUCCGUGGGUGGUGUGUGUGUGUGUGUGAGUGAGUGUGUGAGUGUCGGAGGUGUGGGAGGAGGGAUCGGUUUGCCUGGGGGCUGGCUGAGGGGGUGAGUGCUCGGAUGAAGACCUCUUUUUGCCGUGAUUCUGUGCUCCAUCGGGGCAGCUUGGAGACUUGGAGGGUUUGAAAUUGUAACGAACCAAGAGGAAAGAAAAGAAGACAGAGACACGCAUACGAAAGGAUUUAUUUCCUCUCCGUUAGUGGAUUGCUGAGUGGGAAGGAGGAAAAAAAAAAAAAAACCAAGGAAACUAAAAAAUGGAGACUGUAAGUAGAAGCAGCUUCCAGCCUCAUCCAGGACUGCAGAAGACCUUGGAACAGUUUCAUCUGAGCUCUAUGAGCUCCCUGGGUGGCCCUGCUGCUUUCUCAGCACGAUGGGCACAGGAGAUGUACAAGAAAGACAAUGGCAAAGACCCCGCGGAACCCGUACUGCAUCUGCCCCCCAUCCAGCCUCCUCCGGUCAUGCCUGGUCCCUUCUUCAUGCCCUCGGACAGAUCCACAGAGAGGUGCGAGACCAUCCUGGAAGGGGAAACCAUCUCCUGCUUCGUGGUGGGUGGAGAGAAGCGGCUUUGCUUGCCCCAGAUCCUGAACUCGGUGCUCAGGGACUUCUCCCUGCAGCAGAUUAAUUCGGUGUGUGAUGAGCUGCAUAUUUACUGCUCCAGAUGCACUGCUGACCAGCUGGAAAUCCUCAAAGUCAUGGGCAUCCUGCCCUUCUCCGCUCCUUCCUGCGGGCUCAUCACGAAAACUGACGCUGAGAGGCUUUGUAACGCCUUGCUUUAUGGUGGCACCUAUCCUCCCCACUGCAAGAAGGAAUUCUCGAGCACAAUCGAGCUGGAGCUCACGGAGAAGAGCUUCAAGGUGUAUCAUGAGUGCUUUGGGAAGUGUAAGGGACUCCUGGUGCCAGAGCUUUACAGUAACCCCAGCGCAGCCUGCAUCCAGUGCUUGGACUGCAGGCUCAUGUACCCACCUCACAAAUUUGUGGUCCACUCUCACAAAUCGCUGGAAAACAGGACUUGCCACUGGGGCUUUGACUCUGCAAACUGGAGAUCCUAUAUCCUCCUCAGCCAGGAUUAUACUGGGAAAGAGGAGAAAGCUAGACUGGGCCAGCUCUUAGAUGAAAUGAAAGAAAAAUUUGACUAUAACAACAAAUACAAGAGGAAAGCCCCCCGGGUCUCUUCAGAUCCUCCUGCUUCCAAAAAGCCCAAAAUAGAUGACUCUGCUUCCCAAUCUCCAGCCUCUACUGAGAAGGAGAAACAGUCCAGUUGGUUACGGUCCUUAUCCAGUUCAUCCAAUAAGAGCAUCGGGUGUGUGCACCCCCGGCAGCGGCUCUCGGCGUUCCGGCCCUGGUCCCCCGCGGUGUCCGCGGGCGAGAAGGAGCUGCCCGGCCACCUGCCCGCCCUCAUCCGGGACAGCUUCUACUCCUACAAGAGCUUCGAGAACGCUGUGGCCCCCAACGUGGCUCUGGCCCCCCCAGCCCAGCAGAAGAUCGUGAGCAACCCCCCCUGUGCCACCGUGGUGUCCCGGGGCAGCGACUCCCUGAGCUCUGGCCAGCCCAGGAAAAGGAAACACGUGGAACACGCGCCCGUCCCCGAGGCCCCGGCCCCGGCCCCCGAGGAGGACAAGGAGUCGGAGGCAGAAAUUGAAGUGGAAACCAGGGAAGAAUUCACCUCCUCCUUAUCCUCGCUCUCCUCCCCGUCCUUCACUUCAUCCAGCUCUGCCAAGGACAUGAGCUCCCCUGGGAUGCAGCCCCCGGUCCCCGUCAACAGCUCCUACGAGGUGGCAGCACACCCUGACCCCCACAGCAGCGGUUUGGAAGCUGAGCUGGAGCACCUAAGGCAGGCCCUGGACAGUGGCCUGGACACAAAAGAAGCCAAAGAAAAAUUCCUGCACGAGGUGGUGAAGAUGAGGGUGAAGCAGGAGGAGAAGCUGAACGCGGCCCUGCAGGCCAAGCGCAGCCUGCACCAGGAGCUGGAGUUCCUGCGGGUGGCCAAGAAGGAGAAGCUGCGAGAAGCCACCGAGGCCAAGCGCAACCUGCGGAAGGAGAUCGAGCGCCUGCGGGCGGAGAACGAGAAGAAGAUGAAGGAGGCGAACGAGUCGCGGGUGCGGCUGAAGCGGGAGCUGGAGCAGGCGCGGCAGAUCCGCGUGUGCGACAAGGGCUGCGAGGCCGGCCGGCUGCGCGCCAAGUACUCUGCUCAGAUCGAGGACCUGCAGGUGAAGCUGCAGCACGCCGAGGCCGACCGGGAGCAGCUCCGCGCCGACCUCCUGCACGAGCGGGAGGCGCGGGAACACUUGGAGAAAGUGGUCAAGGAACUUCAGGAACAACUGUGGCCUAAGUCGAGCAGCCAGCCCAGCAGCGAGAGCACCUCGAGCCCCAUGGAGAACUGAGCCCAGGAGCAGCCCAGGCCUCGGAGCGGCGCCGGCACAGGGAGGGCGAGGGGGGUGUGAGUGUGAGCGGUGUCCUGGCACUCGCGGCGGGAGCACGGACUCGCAGCGGUUGGAAGGCAAAUGUCACCCUCUAGAACAGAAGCACUGAAUUCUGCCUCUUUAUUUUUGGUUGUUUUUUUUUGUUUGUUUGUUUCCCGAUCCAUAUAGCACAACAUCUUACUGUGCCUAGAAAACACAAAGUGUUUGUAAACAAAAUACUUUUAAGUCCACAGCGAAAUUUUCUACUGGCAAACUCCAAGCAAGCAGCGUCGUCCAGCUGAACCCAGAGUCCAAGGCGAGCAGGGCAGCGGGGUUGUGUUCUCCUGCCUGUUGGGACAUUUUGGAAUUGACAAAACAAACCUACUUUUCUUAUAAGCUAUUUAAAAUAAUUCAUUACACAGACUUGGUAUUAAAAAAAAAUUAACACGAUUUUUAUAACGAACCUUUAAAAGCAGAACAAAAAAAAAAAAAACAACAAACAAAAACAACAAACCUUCGAUGCACAAUUUUUAAUGACUUUAUAGGCUUUGGGAUUCUUUGUGCAGAAGCCCCUCUCUGGUGAUGAUGCCAUGUCAGGAGCAGUUUUCCAGCCAUCUCGGAAGCCAGCGCGGUUCCCUCCCGUCACGUGGGGGUGGGGGAAGUUCAGAGUGCUUUUCCAAGUUGAUUUUUUUUUUUCCUUAGAAAGAAUUACCUUAAUUUCCUGCCCUAAACACGAGAAGAAGGGAAGAUGCAGGAGCGUGCAGGGGGUGGGGAAGGAGGUGGUGUUGGACUGAGAGCCCCACGGGCCCCGCGUGUGCAGCCCUCGCCAGCACUGUCGGUGUGUUCAGAGACUUCAUCCAGGAGCACUUGAGCUUUGGGAAAGGGAAGAAAG